ACAAAAGCGAUUUCAGAAUUCGUUCUCUAGAACAUCCGUGUAAUCAAAGAAUCCAAUGAUUGGAUAGGAGAUAGCUAUGAACGGUAAAUCCCCGGUCAUCCCGGGAAUUGUGAGAGCUCCACAAAAUACGGCCAAUAAUCAGUUUUCCGUCGUCGUAAAGAACUGCGGGAUACCUGGAGUAGUGCGCGCCGCCUCAAACAUUCGCUGCAAAGAAGAGACCAUAUCUUGGGAGAAAAAAGCAAACGGCACAGUUCAGGUCCCACAGAAUGACGAGUUGACAAAACAAGCAGUGGACGAGAUUCUGCGAGAAACGAGAGCGAGCCAAAUACGCGAUGAGCAGCAUGGUCCAACUGCCCGGAAGCGAUGCCCGAUACAGAGGACUAAUAAGCGGUUCCUCAAUCGAACGAUAAUAUCUGCCGUGAACCACAAUAAUCGAGAACGAUGGAAAGUGAAGCAACGAUCGAGGGAAAAGCUCACAGAACACGUACGGAAAAGAAAUGAUCCGGAACUCUCUCGAAAAGACCAAGCGCCACCAAUUACUACGAUCGUCAUUGACUAGAUAAGGAUGAUAAUAUCGAAAGGGGAGCAGCACAAUCAAAUGCAUCCAACUGAUGAGACUGUAAUGUAUUAAAAACUAUUUAAUAGUGGUAAGAAUGGCGGAAGUUUGAAUUUCCAGUCCAGAUAAUAACCUCUCCUGCUGUUAUUAUAACAAUAUAAUCUCGGACC